UAUUGUCCCAGGACACUUUGAUUGGUCCGCUGGGGAGGCGCAACGUCUUCAUCACAAAUAUGGCGUCUUCCGGAGAUCCCGAAUUCGUGAAGAGGGCUAAAAACCACCAGUUUGAAGGUUUAACCAAAGAUGUGGAGGGAGAGUGGCAGGGCCCGUUUGUGUUCAUCCAGGCAGCUGACACUCAGUAUGGCAUGAUCAAUGACUGGGAGGGGAGGGGGGAUGGGAACGAGUGGGAGGAGGAGAUGGCACUCACCAAGAAGGCCAUCCAGGCGGCCAACACCAUGGAGCCACGCCCCAAGUUCUUCAUCGUGUGUGGGGAUCUGGUACACGCCUGGCCAGGUGGAAAAUAUCGCGAGGAACAAGAACGGGAUCUCAAGGCGACCUUCACGGACCUGAGAUCAGACGUCCCCCUGGUCUGUGUGUGCGGGAACCACGACGUCGGGAACAGCCCUACGCGGGAGUCCAUCUUGAAGUACCGCGACAGUUGGGGCGACGACUACUUCAGCUUCUGGGUGGGCGGGGUCAAGUUUCUGGUCAUCAACUCCUCCUACUACCCCUCCAACUACUCGGACCCCUCGGUGGUGGGUGAACUCAAACAGGAGCAUGACGAUUGGUUGGAUGCGGAGUUGGAAGAGGCGAAGAGUUCCAACUGCAAGCAUCUCGUGAUAUUCCAGCACAUUCCCUGGUUCCUGAAGUCUGUUGACGAGGACAACGAAUACUUCAACAUUGAUCGGGAUGUUCGGAAGACCAUGUUGGCAAAGUUUAAGGAAGCGGGUGUUAGAACCAUCUUCUGUGGGCACUAUCAUCGCAACGCCGGAGCGUUCUACGACAACAUGGAACAUGUCAUCACUUCUGCCAUUGGCUGCCAGCUGGGAAAGGACAAGUCCGGGCUACGAGUUGUGAAAGUGACAGAAGACGCAGUCGCACACCAGUAUUACGACAUGGACAGCAUUCCUCAAAAGGUGGAUUUCUGAAAGGUACACAUGUGGAAAUAUGGAGGCAAUGGAAGCUUGGGCACGUUAAAUCACUGAAAGUUGCACUGUCAUCAGGAAGUGGAUAUAGUUGAGUGGGAAGAAGAAAGUGAUGUUAAAGUGGCUGUCAGGUAAAGGUAUGCUUUUCCUGUUAUUGUAGGUCUUCUGAAGUUGUCUAUGUGACUUCUGUGGUACAUUUUCAUUACUAUGUGCAUUGUUUGGUUUACC